AUGACGAACGACACCCCCAUUGCCAUCGUCGGUCUUUCCUACCGCGCCCCCGGCGUCGGGAGAAAAGGACUAUGGGACUACCUGGCUGAAGCCAAGUCCGCCUGGACCGAGAUGCCCGCUGAACGAUUCGACCACAAAGCAUACCACAACCCUGGAGCGGAGCGAAGCGGCAGCUUUCGAUCACAGGGUGCGCAUUUCCUCCCUGACGACAUCUACGGCUUCGACGCCAGUUUCUUCAACAUGAGGGCCGAGGAAGCUCGGAACUCUGACCCCCAGCAUCGCAUGAUGCUUGAAUGUGCCCUUGAAGCGGCCGAAAAUGCCGGGCACAGCCUCAUCGAUCUGGCGGGCAAGAAGAUCGGUGUCUUCGUCGGCUGCGGAUCCCAGGAGUAUGCGCACCGCACCUCUGAAGAUCUAUAUUCAACAUCCACUUUCUCGGCUACUGGUGUUGCUUCGUGCAUGUUUGCCAAUCGUCUCUCUUACUUCUUCGAUGUCAAUGGCCCUAGCGUUGCUAUUGAUACGGCGUGUGCUAGCAGUGCCUAUGCUGCUCACCAGGCCUGCCAGGCUCUCAGAAACGGGGACUGUAAUGCUGCGUUUGUGGGGUCGGCGGCACUAUGUCUCAGUCCUAGUUUAUGGAUCACUCUCGAGAAGAUGGGGGCUCUAUCGCCAGAUGGACGCAGUUACUCUUAUGACCACAAGGCUGCUGGAUUCGGUCGUGGUGAGGGUGCUGCAUGCUUGCUGGUCAAGCGAUUGGAUGAUGCUAUCAGCAAUGGUGACCCUAUCCAUGCUGUCAUUCGCAGCUCUGCCUGCAACCACUCCGGCCGCUCGGAAGGUAUCACCAUGCCCUCCCGGUCAGCUCAAGAGAGGCUCCUGCGAGAGGUCCAUGCAGCUGUUGGCCUGGAUCCCUCUGAGACGCCUGUUGUUGAGGGUCAUGGAACCGGUACUCAAGCAGGUGACCCUAUUGAGGCUGGUUCCUUUGCGUCUGUAUUAGCCAAGGACCGAACGGCUUCCAACCCGCUGUAUAUUGGAUCUAUCAAGUCGAACUUUGGGCACUUGGAAGGCGCUAGUGGAAUCUUGGCCGUUGUCAAGGCAAUCCUCAUGAUUAAAAAGGGAAUCAUCUUGCCGACUGCUGGUUUCGAGCAAAUGAACGUCAAGAUCGAGGGACGAGACCGGCUAAAGGUGGCCGAAUCCCCGGUUCCUUGGCCCGAGAACGAGGCAAGACGAGUGAUUGUUACAAACUUUGGAUUCGGUGGAAGUAAUUCCGCAGUCAUUCUCGAGGCAGCCCCUUCGACUGCCAGCCUUACAAAUGGUGCCAACGGUGCCAACGGCAUCAACGGUACAAACGGCGUAACCAAUGGUGCUAAUGGACAUGGCAGCCUAGCCGACGCGGCGAAUGGUACUAAUGACGUUACUGCUUCUGACCCUCUCGCACAGCGAUUGUUUGUCCUAUCCGCCAAGACAGAAAAGAGUCUUACUUCAUACCUGGGUUCCUUCCAAGAAUACCUGGAUGCUGCUCCACAGUCUGUUGACUUCUUGAAGGAUCUGAGCUAUACCCUAGGACAGCGUCGCACUCAGCAUGCCUAUCGUGUUGCCGCGACAGCCAACUCGGUGGAUAGUCUCAAGGAGAAGCUGUCAACAGCCAAGCCGAGCAAGAUUAGAGAUCGGGUUAUUGCCUUUGCCUUCACUGGCCAGGGCGCUCAACACGCUCAGAUGGCCUCCGGGCUGCGGCAUUACAAGGCAUUCGCUCACGCCAUUGAUCGUGCUGAAUCCGAGCUUCAGGCAAUGGGAGCGACAUGGUCCUUGACUUCGGAGCUGGCAAAACCAGCCGCUCAGUCCCGAGUCAACGAGGCCGAGAUCAGCCAGCCGGCCUGUACCGCCGUUCAACUGGCUUUGGUGAUCCUCCUCCAGAGCUGGGGGAUCACGGCCACGACAGUUACCGGUCACUCCAGUGGAGAAAUCGGUGCUGCCUUUGCUGCCGGUCUGGUCUCCUUCCGAGCGGCCAUUGCCAUUGCCUUCUUCCGAGGCCAGGCUGCAGCGCAACUGGCUCGCGAGCAAACCAAGAAGGGAGGUAUGCUGGCUCUGGGAACCGGUUUUGAAGACGCCUCGAAACUCAUCGAGCAGCAUGCCGACGGAUACGCUACUGUUGCCGCUAUCAACAGCCCACAGAGCGUGACUGUCUCGGGAGACCAGUCUUCCAUUGAGAAAAUCCACAAGGUCGCAGAUGCACAGGGUCUAUUUGCCCGUCGUCUCAAGAUCGAGGUAGCGUAUCAUUCUAAGCACAUGGAGCAGGUAGCCGCAUCGUACCUUGCAACCAUCAAGCCCUACUGCAACGCGGAUGAUUCACUUCUCUCCAAGAGCAACGAGCGCGCGGUCUUCGUGUCUUCUGUCACCGGAGGCGUGGUGGACCCGGCUUCUGUCGAUGCUUCCUACUGGGUCAAGAACCUGGUUCAACCCGUUCGAUUUGCGGACGCAAUCGAGACUAUCUUUUCGCCCAAGGAGGACAGCGACAAGAAGCUGCCCAACGUGAUGGUGGAAAUCGGUCCCCACGCAGCACUCAAGAGCCCAAUCAAACAAACUGUUGAUCUCAUCCGUCAACGCCACGGCCAGCGUCAGACACCUUUCGCCUAUCUGGCCUCGCUGGUGCGCGGCACUCCUGGCGAUGAAGCGCUCCUCGGCCUUGCCGGGAGCCUCUUUACCAUGGGUCCAACCAUUCAACUGGGACUGAUCAACCAAACCGGUAUUCACAAUGCUCAUGUCCUGACUGAUAUCCCAGCAUACGCCUGGGACAAGUCCGUGAAAUACGAGCACAAGCCUCGGGCCACGCAGGAGAAAAUGUUCCCCGGCGAGCCAUACCACCCGCUUCUUGGACGCAAGACUGCCUCCAACGGUGGCAGCGAACGCUCAUACCGUCAGGUGUUCAACCUUGACGAGCUUCCAUGGGUCCGUGACCACAAUGUUGCCGGUGUUGUUGUCUACCCCAUGACGGGCUAUCUGUCGUGUGCUAUCGAGGCGGUGCGCAGAACCGUCCCUACUGAAGCAGCUGCCAUUGUUGUUCGCGAUUUCCACGCCAUCCGCAGCUUGGAGAUCGACGAAGAAGAGACUGUCGACAUGAUGACUACCCUGCGGCCAGCACCAACCGGUACCGGAACCUUCUCAUCCACCGUCUGGACAUUUGAAAUCUCUACCUGGAAGGAAUCUGAAGGAUGGACGAGACACUGUAAUGGCCGCAUCGAAACAGAGUCCACCGAAAUGACCACCGAGACCCCGACAUUCAAGUCCUCCCUCCCCUUGGUCGACGUCACAGGCCUCAAAGAGCAUGACGCGCAUAUAGAAUACGCGACCGCUGGACAAAGAGGAACAAAAUAUGGACCAGCGUUCAUGAGUACUGUGAAGUUCCACGAAGGCAAGGGAUACACGGUUAUUGAAGCGCAGCUGCGCGACCUUGAGUCUUCGCUGCCGACUCAGUAUGGCUCUCCAGUCUCUGUCGAUCCGCCAACCCUCGACGGAUUCCUUCAGGGUGGUGGUCCUCUGCAAGAGGUCGACGGAAAAAGACCCGCACAGAUGCCCAACUACAUCAGCCGACUGCGAGUAUCCAACCACAUCCCCAGUGAUCCAAAGCAGAAGUUCACCGUGGUCACUCGCCUGCUGAACUACGAUGUCAAGGGCGGUCGCAUGUACAUUGGGGUUGCUGCUUUUGCUCAAGGCAAGGAUGGGCUCACGCCUGUGGCUGAGUGGGAAUCGGUGACCUUCCGCUCGAUCCUGUCGGCUGAAAGCGACGACCCGGCCGCUCGCCUCCCGUCAACCUGGUGCUGGGACUUGGUUCCCAGCUUUGACUUCAUUCCUUCUUCCGAGUUGUAUGGCAAGUUCUCGGCUGGUGAUUUGACCAAGGCCGAAAACGGACGCCGACGCUUGCUGAGCCACACUGCCGCCUACUACAUGAACAAGGCUUUGAAGGAGACAGCACAGGACGAUCUAUCCAAGCUGCCGCAUCACCUCUCUCGCUUUGUGGGCUGGGCAGCAAGAGCAGUUUCUCGCGAGGUCGCUCGAGAGGGACUCGACCUGAGUGGUGAUCACACUGCGCUGCUGGAGGAUGUGCGCACUCAUGAUGCUCAAGGAGAACUGCUCUGCGCUAUUGGUGAAGAGCUCGUCCCAAUUCUGCGUGGAGAAGUGCAGCCUCUGGAAAUCAUGCUCAAAGACGGUCUUCUGACCCGUCACUACGAGGCCGACGUUGGCAAUGCGCAUUUCAGUAAGGUCCUGGGUGAAUGGGUGCUUCACCUGUCUGAUCUCGAGCCGGAUCUCCGCAUUCUGGAAAUCGGUGGUGGCACUGCUGGUACCACGCUGCAUGUGCUAGAAGCGCUUUCUCGCGACAGAGAAGUGCCAGCGUUCCUCGAUUACACUUUCACCGACAUCUCGACCGGGUUCUUUGAGAAUGCGCGCACCAAGCUGGCCAAUUGGUCAAACCGCAUCAUCUACAAGAAGUUCGACGUCAGCCAGGACCCUGUCAGCCAGGGUUUUGCCACGCAGGACUAUGAUCUUGUUAUUGCAUCUAACGUGUUGCACGCCACUCCCAACAUGGUGGAUACGAUGACGAACGUGCGCAGUCUCCUGAAGCCUAAAGGCAAGCUUCUCUUGCUGGAAGCUGGUCAGCACCCACCUCCUACGCUGCCUUUCGCACUGCUACCGGGUUGGUGGUAUGCCGAAGACCAUUACCGUGACCACGAAGAAGGCCCUCUGCUUUCAGUGGACGGCUGGAAACGCCUUCUUUUGGACUCUGGCUUCUCUGGAGUUGAUGCCGCUGUCCAGGACUACCCCGGAAAGCCCGAGCAGAUGCUCAGUGUGAUUUGUUCGCACCGGGUGUGCAAGCAGGCAGAUGAUUCUCACAUCACCGUCUGUGGGCCCUUCCUUGAUGACGAGGAGGUUGAAUUCGCUCAACUCGUCGCCGACACUAUCUCCGACAGCCUUGACUGCACCACCGAAGUCAAGCCGCUUGGUGAAGUUGUUCCUGCGGAUGACCCGUAUUGCAUCUUUAUCGACUCGCCUCGCCAGAGCUUGCUGGCAAACGUCGACGCAGACACCUUUGAGGUGUUGAAGAACUUCCUCAUCCACAACACUGGAUUGCUGUGGGUGAUCCCCGAAGGUGGCGCUCCGGAAUCUGAGUCCAUCAAGGGAAUGUUCCGCACGUUCCGUCUCGAGAACGAGCCUAAGAAUCUGUUGUGGUUUGACAAUGUGCCGACCACCUCCCAGGGUGCAUCGGCCAUCACGACGAUUGCCGAGAAGCUGCGCGAUCCGGAGGUUGUUGCCAGUGAAGAUCAGGAUUAUGUCUUCCACGACGGCUCGAUUCAUCUGCCUCGUAUGCGCCAGAUGCAGGGAGGAAAGGAGCAGUUUGCCGGCGAGCAAGGUGUUCCCAUUCGCACGGUGCAGAACAUCUGGCAGGGCGAAGGAGCGCUGGAGAUGACCAUCGACGCUGCGGGAAGCCCUGACUCCCUGUACUUCCGCCGAACUGAAGAUCCCGCAAAGGAUCUGGGUGCCGACGAUGUCGUGGUCGAGGUCGAGGCGGCAGGUGUCAGCUCUCGCGAUCUCGAUCUCGUCUUGGGUUCGAUCCCUUGGUCCCCACUUGGUUUUGAUGGGGUUGGCAAGGUUCUCAAAACUGGCUCUCGAGUUUCCCACCUUCUGGAAGGAGACAAGGUGUUCUUCCUCGCGCUCGAGGGCAGUGCCUUUGCCACGUACAAGAAAAUGCCCGCUUGGCAGGCCGCCAGAGUCCCAGCCAACAUCAGCAGCACCGACGCCGCGAGUCUGCCCCUCGCCUACUCGAUCGCUGUGUUGGCUCUCAUUCGAAUUGCCCGGCUCCGCAGAAACGAGUCUGUGCUCAUUCACUCGGCCGCUGGCGCCGUGGGACAGGCUUCCAUUGUCACUGCUAAGCACCUAGGAGCUCGCAUCUUCGCCACCGCUGGUACCCCGGCCAAGCGGGCCUUCCUCCACGAGACUUAUGGCAUCCCCAAGGACCAAAUCUUUUCCAGCCGCACGUCGGAAUUCCGCGACAGCAUUCUUGUUGCCACUGGCGGAAAGGGGGUGGAUGUGAUUGUUAACUCUCUCGGUGGAGAGCUUCUGCAAGAGACCUGGGCCUUGAUCGCAAACUUCGGCCGGUUCGUGGAAAUCGGCAAGAAGGACGCUCUCCAGAACGCAAGUCUUUCUAUGAAGCCGUUCGACCGCAACGUCACCUUCAGCGGUGUUGACGUUCGAGAACUCUUCGAGCACCGUCCGGACGAGCUGAGAGAAACUCUAUCAGAGGUGGUAGACUUGCUUCAACGCAAUGCCAUCGCGCCGCUCAAACCUGUCACCGCGCUACCUAUCUCUCAGUUCGCAACCGCCCUGCGUACUCUCCGCUCGGGUGACAAUAUCGGAAAGGUCGUUGUCACCUUUGGCAAGGAUGAGCGCGUUCUCGCCGAGAGCUCUCUUCAACCCACGCAUGUGGAGCUCAACCCCAAUGCGACGUACCUGAUUACUGGUGGAACCCGUGGUAUUGGUCUUUCGUUGGCCUACUGGAUGAUUGAGAACGGUGGCCGCAAUGUCGUUGUUCUCGGUCGCAGCGGUGGCACUGGAUCUGAGGUCCAGGAGCUCUUGAACAAGUACAAGGGAACGGACGUCCGUAUUCGAGCUCUUGCUUGCGAUGUCGGCUCGAAGGAGAGCCUUGUUGAUGUGUUGGACUCGAUCAAGGAUCUUCCGCCAGUGCGUGGUGUGGUUCACAGCGCGCUUCUGCUAAGUGACAAACUGCUCGAGAACGCCACAUACGAGGACUGGCGCACUAUCACCCAGCCCCGAGUCCAGGGUGCCUGGAACCUAGACGCGCUACUCCCUAACCUCGACUUCUUCAUUGCCCUGUCUUCCUUCCUCGGAGACACCGGUAACGUCGGACAGAGCAUCUACGGCGGAACCUCAACCUUCUACGACGCCUUCACCAAACUCCGCAACUCGCGUGGCCAAAACACCGUCUCGAUCGCCCUCCCCGUUGUCGUCGACGUCGGCUACGUCGCCGACCGCGAACUAACCGCCAGCCUGAAGAGCGCCCUCGGCGCGACGCUCACGAUGGCCGACAUCAAAACCAUGGUCAAGGGCGCGGUGGUCGGCCAAUCUUCACCCCUCAACCACAACGGACGCGCAACCGCCUUCCAACUUUCCCUGUCCGGCGAAUCCGUCGACAACCUGCCCUGGAAGUACUUCCACCCCGUGCAUAUCCGGGAGCGACUCAACGAGGACCACCGCAAGCGCGACACCGCAGAGGCCAGCGGCAGCGGUGCGCACGCCACUUCCGCAUCGUGGACGUCCGCUGCGGACCCGCUGACGGGGCUCAUCGAGGCCUUGAUCACCAAGGUGUCUGCGAUGACGAUGAUCGAGCGCGACGAGGUGGAGGCCGAUGCGCCGCUUUCUUCGUACGGCCUGGACUCUUUGGUGUCUGUUGAAUUGAGGAACUGGAUUCGAAGGGAGACGAGCGUGGAGUUGGCGCUGACGACGAUUACGCAUGCGGCGAACCUGCGGGCUUUGGCGACGCAUAUUUUGGCGCAGAGGGAAGGGGCGGCGAAGGCUUAGGUGGUUGUUUUUUGUCUUUUUGAAUGAUGGAGUACGGUGGAUUUUGUGCUUUUUUCUGC